AUGUUUCUUGGAAAGACAUCUUCAGCACUGCCUCUGCUGCAGUCUCGUCCUUUGAUGAUCAGUCCUUCUCUAUACGAUAGUAUUAGAGAUGCACAUCGUGCAGGAACGAAGAUUACUGGAGCUGCGCAGGAAGUAAUGGAGGGUACAGCGGGUGCUGGACGUUUCACAACAGUAAGCACGCAAGGAUUGGAUUCGCGAUUUCCAACGGCAGAGACCAUGAAGACGGAAUUUGAUGGGAUUCCUUAUUGUGACUUGCCUAUUGUUUACAUCAAAGCGACGAAGAAUAACACUUUGGUGACGGUCAUGGACAAGAAAAACCAUGUGAUCACCUAUACAUCAUGCAGGCUUGAGGGAUUCAAGCAUGCGCGUAAGAAGACUACAAUUGCCGGUCAGACUACAGGUGUAGCUGCUGGCCAACGAUUAGUGCGAAGAGGAGUGCGAACAGUUAGAGUACAGGUGAAAGGACUCGGUCCAGGGCGAAUGACCUGCGUUAAAGGCCUUACAGUAGCUGGUGUACGAGUAGUGAGCAUAACGGAUCACACCCCCCUCAAAGAACUUGGUCCCAGACCACGAAAGAUUAGGAGAGUUUAG